GCGUCACAUCCGGCGACUGGCUGUCGGUCGUCGCCAGAAAUGGAGGAAAAGGAUGGGAGUUGACGGAGGAGCCGUCGAGAAGCGAAGGCCCCGCUAAUACACCCUUUUCACCCCCCUCCCGGGUGUCGGGGACGUUCCUGUUCGGGAUUGGGAGAGUGCGCGGGGGCUGAUUGGGUUGAGGAGCGGGGCAAGGCAGUUGGUUCAGACCGGAGCCCGCUCGUCCCCCCGGGCCCCGGGCCCCGGCCGUCAGGAUGAACGGUCUCUCGCUCAGCGAGCUGUGCUGCCUUUUCUGUUGCCCGCCCUGCCCCAGCCGCAUCGCUGCCAAGCUCGCCUUCCUGCCCCCUGAGGCCACCUACGCGGCGGUGGCUGACGAGUCGGGGAGCCGCUGGAGCCUACGCUUCACCGAGCGGGCCGAGUGGCAGUACGGCCAGCGGGAGCUCGACUGCACCGACAUCUUCCUCAUCCGAACGAGCCGAGGGAAUAGGAUCGCCUGCAUGUUCAUCCGCUGCUCUCCGAGCGCCAGGUUCACACUUCUCUUUUCCCAUGGGAAUGCAGUAGAUUUGGGACAGAUGAGCAGUUUCUACAUUGGACUAGGCACCAGAAUCAACUGUAACAUCUUCUCCUAUGAUUACUCAGGGUAUGGAGUCAGCAAUGGAAAACCUUCUGAGAAGAACCUGUAUGCUGACAUUGACGCUGCAUGGCAGGCAUUAAGGACCAGAUAUGGCAUCAGUCCUGAAAACAUUAUAUUGUAUGGGCAGAGUAUUGGUACCGUUCCAACUGUUGACUUGGCUUCCCGGUAUGAGUGUGCUGCUGUUAUUCUGCAUUCUCCGCUAACCUCAGGAAUGCGGGUGGCAUUCCCAGACACAAAGAAAACAUACUGCUUUGAUGCAUUCCCCAACAUUGAUAAAAUCUCCAAAAUCACAUCUCCUGUGUUGAUCAUCCAUGGCACUGAGGAUGAAGUGAUCGAUUUCUCCCAUGGGUUGGCAUUGUAUGAACGCUGCAUGAAGGCAGUGGAGCCACUGUGGGUGGAGGGGGCUGGUCACAAUGACAUUGAACUGUACAGCCAGUAUCUGGAGCGGCUCCGAAAGUUUAUCUCAUACGAACUGGUAAAUGUGCAACGGAAUUGAAUGGAACCAAGAACAAACAUUUUGGAAAGUCUAUUUUUUCAGGAGAACUUUGGAUAGCAUCGGAAAUGCAAACACAACCAUGAUUUUCUUUUAAAUUCACGUUGGGUGCUAGUGCAGGUAAAAUAUAGAAGACAAAUGUGAUGCAGCAGUUAGCCUGGAGAGUAUUGCUAAUUACUUACAACCAUAGUAAAUUGUUAAUUUUCUAUUUGUAUAAAAAUUUGUGGGGAUAAAACCAGAAUAAAGUCGAACUUGUCCCUUUAGGAGAUGGGUCUUCUGGUGUGAUGCCCUUGGUGGUCUUGGCUAAAAGAAAAGCAGUAUAAUGGUAAUUUUUAAUCUAUUUCAUUUCAAAUUAUGCUAAAUCAUUCUUGAGUAUAAAUUUAAAGAUGAUCUCAUUAAAAAAGGAACAAAAAAACCUCCCAAAAAGACCAAUGUAAUUGCAACACAAGGCUCCGCUCUUUAAGAGACAAGACUCCAUACUGUUUUCUCAUCCCUUUUAAUACUGAGAAUAUUGAUGUGUCAUAUUAAUAUCAGCUUGUGAUGUAUCAUAGCUCUUCCCAUAGUCCUAUGAGCUGCCACCCACGGCAUCGUUUAAAUGUACAUCAAAGAGGCGGGAGGAUUUGGAGACAUUGUACCCUGUUGGCAAGUUACGGGUGUUAAAUUGUUUGAGCUGUGACUUAUUGAUAGAGCAAAACGUGGUUCAGUCGAACACUAUAGAGUUGAAUCUUUCUUGGAAAAGAAUGCCUGAGACAAUAAUCAAUGAGAACACGAUUGAAAAAGUAUCAACAUGGGAAAGAUGUUUUAUGUAAAGAAAAAAAAAUGCUGAAAUUUGUUUUAUAAACGUGGUUCAGGUUAAGGCUGUGAAUGUAAUGUGAGUUGAGUAGCCAGCUCCAUGUACCAAAAUCUUAAAUUUGGUGUUUGCGCGUUACUUCUGCCAUUCCUGCAGCCUUUAGGACAGGACUUUUCAGUGUCCAUUGGGCUAUAUUUACAAGUGUUUGGAGUAUCAGAAUCUGACCAAUUUACAAUGAGCCUUCUGCAGCACAGAUCUGGUGCUUUGAGAUCGUUAAGGGCACUGAAUUAUUCCUGUUGUAUCACAGCAAACUGGUAGAUCCAUGGAAGUUUGUGUAGCUGCUUGUGGCCUGUAUUUUGUACUGUAAGCUGUCCAAAGUAAUCAAGGUUAAAUGGAUUCUGAGAUUCAUCUCUAAAGAAACUUCCUUUGAUGGUUCAGUGUGGAUAAGUAUACUGCACAGUGUGAAACUGAGCCAUAUAGACUAGGAGGACCCUAGAUCUGAGUUUGUGCUGAGUUAGUUGAUCUCAGCUAAAAUGUGGUAGAGGAGCUAGAAAUCUUUGUUCCUAGAAAAAGUAAGACAAAAUAAAAUCAGCGAGGGCUUCCACUCCUGAUUGCUAUACAGUGAUUGCUGCUACUUAUUGUGGUCAUGUUGGUGUUGGGUGAAAACCGGAUCAGACUUGACUGUGAGUUCCAAAAAAACAAGGUUAUCACUUGCAUUCUAAGCUCACAAGUGAUGAGUAUUCUGUUAGAUGACGUGAGGGCAGCUAGCGCAUGUGGAACUGAUCCAGCAUGAGGUACAUGCUUUCAGGAGAAGAAAGCAGAAAACUGGAGAGGCAAAAACAAAAAUCCAUCUCACUUACUGACACCCAACAAGAUUGAUGUCAAUACAUUAUUCUUCAGGGUCACCAGAAUGGUAAACAUGGUCAUAAUCUAGUCAACGUAGUGAUAAUCUGCAAGGGUGUGCAGUAAGUCACAAUUUCAAUUCCACACUACCACUUUUCCCAGUGUGCUAAAUGAGCUUUUUAUUUUUGUGAUCAACAAACACUAGAACUUGGAGGAACAGAAUAAAGCUGAUAUUCCACUAAUUCUCUAAGUAUCAGCAAUUAGGAUUGAAUGCUCAUAAAUAUCUGACACUUAAGAAAUUUAGGAAAGAGGUUGAAUACCCCAAAAUAAUACUGAGCCCAGUAUCUAUACAAUCCAGGAAAUGAGCUAGAUUUGAUCCCCACUCCGUGUAGUUGUGGCUUUUAUCAUGCCAAUGGUAUAGCAGAAGGACAAAAUCAGUUGUCUUGCCAUUAGCCCAAUAACUUGCUUAAAUGUAUGGAUAUUGAGUGAGGGCAGGAUCAGACUAGGUUGUGAUGCUCCUCACUGUUGAAUAGCCUGAUAAUGUUCCCACUUUUGGUUCACAAAUGAAGAAUAACCAUUGAUUGAAAUAACCAAUUGGUGCCGAUGAUAUAGAAUGCAUGUUUGGCACCAGGAAAGGAGGGAACAAUUGGAUAAUUGGGUGGGCAAUUUUGUUGAAUUUAAUAAGUGUAUACUGUCUAGAAUUUGUGAUAUUAGUAAACAAGCACAUAAUGCAUAAGGGGUAUUCCCUAGUCUGUUUAACUAAUUAGUUUGUUUUAAACAAGUUAACAUCUAUGUUAAAAUAGCAGGCAGAGAAUCAUUGUAAACACAUUACGUUUUUGCAUACUAAUAUCACAAACUACUUUCUAUGCUAAACUAAGGGUCAUUAAUUAAUUUCUUGAUUCUGGGCUGUAAUGCUCUUUGUACCCUGUGGGUGUUCAUAUUUUCAAAGGCUCCAUAAUAUGUGCAUGAUGAAUAUGAAUGUGGAUGUGCCCAGUAUCAAAUGAUAGAAAUCAUUUAAAUAGAACAUUGGUUCUAAAGUAAAGAUGCAAUUUUUAAUUUUUUUAUUGCACAUCUCUAAAUCUUUACAUUAAGUUGGUAGUUAAGAGGUGAUGGAGAAGAGAAGGGCUAAGGAUCCUAAUGCCUCCCUCCGUGUUGAGAACUGGGGAUGUGUGUCAAAAUUGGGACAGUCACAGAUUGAGACGAUGCAGCUUUGCUGUAUGCAUUCCCAGAAUGUUCCCAGGAGUGGUGCAAUUUUGACGUUUCACCCCUAAAUAACACACUUUUAAUGGUGAAUGGAUAACAGAUGUGUAAAGGUAAAAUGGUGUAAUCAUCAAGAGUGGUAAAAUGGGAGCCAAACAGAAAAGAUUGAAUGUACUGUAAAUGUUAGCCAGCUGUGUUAAAGUACUUUUGGUCACUACAUGUCCUUAUCCCUUUAAGGCUGCUGUAAGCAGCCUUGCCACUGGAUUGUUCUCUAUUUUGAAACAAUUAUUGUUUGCAACAAUGACAAAAAAAACUUUAUUGCAACAUUAUAUUAAACGUAUUUAACUGAAAAUUUAAAA